AUGGAAGCUGCAAACGCGCUGCAGAUGUACUACGCCCCCACGUUUCGAACAGUCUUGCCACCAAGCGAUCUACCAAGCCUGGUAUUCUGGUCACCAGGACUAACCCACAUCAAUUUUACCGAAGAGGCUGUAUUGCAGAAACUGACUUCUCUACGCAAACACAGCUCACCUGGUAUCGAAAACAUUCGUCCAGAGGCAUUGGGAGCAGCAGCAAGCCAACUGGCAGUACGUUUAGCUCAGUUAUUCCAGCGCAUAUUGGACCAGCAUCAAGUUCCUGCCAUGGGGAUGCUUGGAAUAAUAACCCCGAUUCACAAAGGGGGAAGCAGAACUGAUCCCUCCAACUACCGCCCAGUAACUCUUCUUCCUAUACUCUCCAAGGUCAUGGAAUCCAUAGUUGCCGAUGCACUGGUGUGCUAUCUAGAAAACUGCAACCCCAUCACUCCUGAACAGCACGGUUUCCGUCGACAGCGGUCCUGUACAACUAAUUUACUAAUUGCACACAGUAGUUGGACCGAGGCAGCUGAGGCUGGAGAAGGUGUUGAUGUGAACUACCUGGAUUUUUCCACGGCUUUCGAUCGUCUAGACCAUCGGAUACUACUAUCGAAGCUGCGGCAUUACAAGAUCGGAGACCCUCUUUUAGGCUGGAUCGCCAACUUUCUACAUCAACGGCAAUUAGUGGUCAGAGUUCGGAGCUCUUUAGCUGAUCCCAUACAAGUUGAGUGUGGUGUGCCGCAAGGCUCAGUUCUAGGUCCACAUUAG